UUACACUUGGCACAAUGCAGUCAGGCAAGUACUGCUCUUAAGGCAACCUCCAAACCCAGACACUUCCAUCAGAUUGCCACACAGAGAAGUGUGAUUCAUCACUUCAGGGAACAUGUCUCCACUGGUCUAGAGUCAAGUGACAGCAUGCUCAGUUGGCGACUUCUGUGCACUGUGCACUUCACUUUGUUAUAAUACCACUAACAGUUGACUGUGGAAUAUUUAGUAGCAAGGAAAUUUUAUGGAUGGACUUGUUGCACAGGUGGAAACCUAUCACGGAACCACGCUUGAAUUCACUGAGCUCCUGAGAGCGACCCAUUCUUUCACAAAUGUUUGUAGAAGCCGUCUGCAUGCCUAG